CAGUAACUCCUGUGGGAAAUGGUCUUCAGUGAUCUUACAUCGAGGACUGUGCACCUUUAUGACGAAUGGAUCAAAGAUGCCGGCAAGUCACUUAACCUCUGUGGGCUCAGUUUUCUCAUCUGUAAAAUGAAGGUAUUGGACUAAAUGAUAUCCAAAGUCCCUUCUAGGUAUCAGGAUUCCAUCACUGGAGAGAUUUGAACCAAAAGCUGAAUAAUCACCUUGAAAGAUCCCAGAGUUGGGGAUUGGCCACUCAUGUCCUCUCCUCUGCCACAAACCCUUAUCCUUGGACUCUAUAUCUAUUUUGUCACUUCUCUGGGACCAAAGAUUAUGGAAAACCGCAAGCCCUUUGACCUCAAGAAAUUGAUGAUUACAUACAAUUUUUUAAUAGUGCUCUUUUCUUUAUAUAUGUGUUAUGAGUUCAUGAUGUCUGGCUGGGGUGUAGGCUAUUCAUACCGGUGUGACAUUGUUGACUAUUCCAGAUCACCUAUAGCCCUAAGGAUGGCAUGGACCUGCUGGCUCUAUUACUUCUCCAAGUUCAUUGAGCUAUUAGACACUAUCUUUUUUGUUCUGCGUAAGAAAAAUAGCCAAGUUACUUUCCUGCAUGUCUUCCAUCACACCAUCAUGCCAUGGACCUGGUGGUUUGGAGUCAAAUUUGCUGCAGGUGGCUUGGGAACAUUCCAUGCCUUGUUGAAUACAGCUGUUCAUGUAGUCAUGUACACCUACUAUGGAUUGUGUGCACUGGGACCAGCCUACCAGAAAUAUUUGUGGUGGAAAAAACACUUGACAACACUACAGCUUUGGAAUGAAACAAUUGAGCUUUUUCGUGAUAAGAUGCCAUUAAGGAAACAUCGAAGUCAUUUUAAAAGCUACGAACGUUGCUUUACAGCCUCAGAAGCUGUGGAUUGGUUACACGAUCUACUCAGGCAUAGCCAGAACUUUGGCCCAGAAGUGACUCGCAAACAAACAGUACAGCUGCUAAAAAAGUUCCUGAAAAAUCAUGUUAUUGAAGACAUCAAGGGAAGGUGGGGUCAGGAAGAUUUUGAGGACAACCGACAUCUUUACAGAUUUCCUCCUUCUUCACCCCUGAAACCAUACCCAAAGAGAUCACCUUACCAAGCAAGCGUUAUCAAAUUCCCGGACUGGACUGAUCAACCACCAGGCACUACCCAAGAAAACAUACCUGUGAGACCUAUUGUUAUGAAUUCUGAAUCCUGGUACAAGCGUCACAGUAUCGCAAUUGGAGAAGUGCCCGCCUGCCGCCUUGUCUACCGGAAGCAGCUGACAGAGGCCAAUGUGGAGGAGAUCUGGAAGUCUAUGACAUUAUCACAUUUACAGAAAAUCCUUGAACUGGACUCCCUGGAGGAAGUUUUGGAUACCAAGCUUGUCAACUCAAAGUUUAUCAUCCACAAUGUAUACAGUGUUAGUAAGCAGGGAGUUGUCAUCCUCACGGAUAAAUCAAAAGAACUUCCUCAUUGGGUACUGUCAGCUAUGAAAUGCUUAGCAAAUUGGCCUACUUGUCCAGACUUGAAGCAGCCUAUGUAUUCAGGGUUUGAAAAAGAUGUCUUUAAAACUAUAGCAGAUUACUAUGGUCACUUGAAGGAACCUCUGCUCACAUUUCAGCUUUUUGAUGUCUUUGUCAGUGUCCUGGGUUUGUUACAGAAAGAGAAAAUUGCUAUUGAAGCAUUUCAGAUUUGCUGUCUCCUCCUGCCUCCUGAAAAUCGGAGAAAGUUACAACUGUUGAUUAGGAUGAUGGUGAAGAUCUGCUUAAACAAGGAGAUGCCACCGCUCUGUGAUGGCCUUGGCACCCGUACUUUGAUGGUUCAGAUGUUUUCACGUUGCAUCCUGUGCUCUAAGGAGGAAGUCGAUUUGGAUGAGCUGUUGGCUGCCAGGCUGGUGACGUUUCUGAUGGACAACCACCAGGAGAUCUUGCAGGCUCCUUCUUCCUUGCAGAGUGCGAUAGAGGACCGAGUAGCCCAUCUACGAAGGGUCCAGAUAAAAUACCCAGGAGCAGAUACUGAUGCAACUUUGUCUGCCCCACCAUUUUGUCGUCAGAUUAGUCCAGAAGAAUUUGAAUACCAAAGAGUAUGUGGCUCCCAAGAACCCCUGGCAGCAUUGUUGGAGGAAAUCAUCAUGGAUACCAAACUGUCAGUCAAAGAUAAAAAGAAAAAACUGAAACAGUUUCAGAAAUCCUAUCCUGAAGUCUACCAGGAGCGAUUUCCCACACCAGAGAGUGAAGCACUGGUGUUUCCAGAAAAAUCAAAACUGAAACCACAACUGCUGAUGUGGGCACUGAAAAAGCCUUUUCAGCCUUUUCAAAGAACUAGAAGUUUUCGGAUGUAACUCGUUCUGAAAUCAUUAGUGAUCUCUUUUUUAAGUGUGUGGAUUUGGAAGAGAGGGAAACACAUGCAUUUUGACUACUGAAAUAAUUAAAAAACAGGUUAUCUGAUUUAAAAAAAUAAUGUUGAGCCAUUAUCAGUAUUUUUAUAAGCCUUGAUUUCUAUUUUUUAUGUACAACUAUUUUCAAAAUUAUAGGCCAAGUGUUGUGUAGGAGGAUGAAAAUGGAAAUUUUAAGAAUGAGGUGUUUUAGUUCUCUUUAGUCACUUCUUUUAAAUGUUAUUUUCUUCAGUGAAUUGUGUAUAAGUGUGAGUGUGUAUGUGUGUUUUGUGUGUGGGUGUGUAAAAGUUAUUAGCUCUUGAGAUACUUAUAAACAAACUUGAAAAAGUGAUUGUAUGUACUUGAAUGAGAACAAAACCCUAGGUACUGUUACUAUGCUGUUACUGCCUCUACAACUAGGUAUGAUUUCUACUGUGUAAAUUCUGUGACUUUUCUUAACUGUACAAAGGUUCUUUAGGCCCUGUGCUGGUCCUUAGUUCCUUUACUCUUGAUGUAUUGGAAAUCAAGAUGGAUUUCAAUAAACUAGCUCCCCCCAUGACAUAUCAUUCAGUAUUUGUAAGUCUGCCUAGAAUGGCCGAAUUUGGAAUCUGGCCAAAGAUGGAAGGCAAGACAAGAUAAACUGCACCAGGUGCUCUCAGCCCUGUAAUUCCUCAUCAAAAUCUUUACUGUUUUUCUAUGAAAAACACAAAUGGGAGAAGGGCAAUGAAACUGAGUCCUUUCACAAGUGCAUUUUUCCAAGCCAACACAAAUUUUUUUGAAAGGGUAUGGAUGUAUAUAUGUCUAAGUGAAUAAGUAAAUA